AUGAAAUCUGAAAGAGCUGAGGCUGUCAUAUCCUCCGGAUCGGCAUAUCACAACUGCUUAGGCAUUGAGCAGCUGGACAAGUUGUUGAACCAGGUUGACGGCUCGACACGAGAUGUGGGAGCUUUGGAGUCUUUGAAGAAGGCACUUCGCAGCAAGGGUGGAGCACGGAACCAGGCGCGAGCAGUGGGCAGUUUACUCUUUAGCACUGCGAUGAACAUGUUUGACGACAUAUUGGGAAACCAUGUUGGCGCCCGAGGGAUUUCGAGAGUGCUCGAGGAAGGUCGCGAUUCCAGCCUGGACCAAGCCAGCGUCGAUUGGGUCUUGGACGAGGUGUUCGACCCUCCGAAGCAGUUCAUCAGCUCACAAUCCUUCCCCCCUGAAGCCACGGCAGCUAUACGAAGCGGACCUAGACCGGACAGCGAGCUGCUCGGGUCAAUUGCCUGUGGUGCCGUUGUCUUGGCCACCGGCACUUGUGGGAAUUACAUCCAGUGCAAUGUCGCCGAGACAUUGGGGAGAGGCAGGACGGGGUUGGGUUUCGUUCUUCGGCAACUUGAUGGGCUUCCCCUCUUCUCACCUGCUCCACCGACUCAACAGACGUUGGACGAAUCUUUUGAUCCGGUGAAGAUUUUCGUUUGCGCACCGUCCUUUCCGAAGACCUCGUCGGCUGCAGUGCGGGCCGCGCCGACACCAGACAGCGAGUUAGUCACUACGCUGCCGUUCGGGUCGGAAGUGCAGGCCACAGCCAGGGCUGGAUCAUACCUGCAAAUCCGGCUGGCAGAUUCUGCUGCAGCCGAGGGCGGGUCACGCUUGGCGUGGGUGCCACGUCUGCUUGGCGAUCUCGUGCUGUUCGUGGAACAAGAAAAGGUGAAGCCAACAGAUGCUGAACGAAGUCCUGCAAGCUUGUCCACCGAAGCAGCAAUCUGCGAGCAGACCACCCAGAUCAGUCGAUUUCAACAGUGGUGGGCAGAUGGUCAUGGGGAUGCAGCAGCUGCAGCCCAUUCCAUAUUGUCGCUGGUUGACCGGUCGGUGCUGCAGGACGUGGUGUCGGCUGGUGCGAACUAUCACAGUUGUCUCAGCGCAGACCGGCUAGAUGGUUUGCAAAGGAUGGUGGACAAGUCCCGGAGACCUGGCUUGGAAGCUUUACGGCGGGCUUUGCUGACCAAGGGCGGAGCCAAAAGUCAGGCCCGCGCAGUGGGCACCGUCCUUUUCAAGGAAGCCCUUACCAUUUUCAACAGUCCGAAGCACGACGCGGGGAAUCAGCCGACGGAAGGCAUGGGAGAUCUGCCCGGCGCUGAAGUGGACAAGACUCCCAUUGAUGACAAUCAUCGUGAAAUCAUGUUAGACGAGAUCUACAAUCCUCCCAAGCGGUUUGUGUGUUCGGACGCCUUUCCGAAGGAUGCCACCGUGGCAGUGCGAGCUGUCCCUGACAUGGAAGGAGAGCUUUUGACAAGUUUGCCGAGUGGCGCAGAACUUUUGGCAACUGGAUCCCGCAAUUCCUAUCUACAGUUCAGAUUGGAAGACGCCGCAGCACAGAGCGGGUUGCGCUUGGCGUGGGUGCCACGUCUGCUUGGCGAUCUCGUGCUGUUCGUGGAACAAGAAGAGGUGAAGCCAACAGAUGCUGAACGAAGUCCUGCAAGCUUGUCCACCGAAGCAGCAAUCUGCGAGCAGACCACCCAGAUCAGUCGAUUUCAACAGUGGUGGGCAGAUGGUCAUGGGGAUGCAGCAGCUGCAGCCCAUUCCAUAUUGUCGCUGGUUGACCGGUCGGUGCUGCAGGACGUGGUGUCGGCUGGUGCAAACUAUCACAGUUGUCUCAGCGCAGACCGGCUAGAUGGUUUGCAAAGGAUGGUGGACAAGUCCCGGAGACCUGGCUUGGAAGCUUUACGGCGGGCUUUGCUGACCAAGGGCGGAGCCAAAAGCCAGGCCCGCGCAGUGGGCACCGUCCUUUUCAAGGAAGCCCUUACCAUUUUCAACAGUCCGAAGCACGACGCGGGGAAUCAGCCGACGGAAGGCAUGGGAGAUCUGCCCGGCGCUGAAGUGGACAAGACUGCCAUUGAUGACCAUCAUCGUGAAAUCAUGUUAGACGAGAUCUACAAUCCUCCCAAGCGGUUUGUGUGUUCGGACGCCUUUCCGAAGGAUGCCACCGUGGCAGUGCGAGCUGCACCGACACAACAAAGCGAGUUUUUGACCUGCCUGCCCUUCGGAGCGGAGAUCAUUGCAAGCGGCCGUUGUGGGCAAUUCCUGCGCUUUCAGCUGCAGGAGGACAGUGAGUGUCGAGAUGCUUACGUCCCCCUCGUCAUCCAGGGCCUCCAGCUCUUUGUGCCCCAAAUCUGUGGCGCCUCCGUCGCGCCGACAGAAGGCAGCCGUGUGGCGGACCUGGAGCGGCGAGUGGCCGUGCAAGAGCAGGUGAUCCAAGGAUUGCAGGCCGAGCUCUGCAGCCUCCGGGCACACAUGAGUGCUCGGAGCUCAGGCAAGCAGCAGUAG